UACGAUCAAUGUAUUGUUUACCAAACACACAUCCGUACUUGACUCUUCAGUGCUAAAUUUCAUCAUGUAAACAUAUAUAUGAACGAAGUCCAUAGCCUACUCUUCGAGGAGAUCCACUGGUGCUGAAGUUAUUGGAAGCUGUGCUGCGGGGCGCGCGCACUGAGUCGAGGACGCGCAGAGCGUCACCUGCUGCUGCCGCGCGCGCGAUUCCCACCGCAGCCAGUCGGUCUGUGCGCGUCCUCGUGAAAGAGUGUGAUCAGAGAGGAGCAGUGUUGAUCGGGCUCUGUUAUUCUGAUAUUAAUCACUUAACAUGGAUUGCUCUGAAGAGGUGCAGUCCGUUUCGGAUGAAACUGGCACUCCGGUGGAGUUAAAGAAGGGAAUGUCGAUAUUUUUAGAUAUCUUGAGAAGAGCAGACAAAAAUGAUGAUGGGAAGCUGUCUUUUGAAGAGUUUAAGGCUUAUUUCUCAGACGGAGUUCUGUCAGGAGAAGAAUUGAAGGAGCUCUUCCAUAAGAUUGAUACUCAUAAUACAGACAAUGUGGACACAGAAGAGCUGUGCGCAUACUUCUCUCAGCAUCUUGGAGAAUAUGAAAAUGUCCUUGCUGCCUUAGAAGACUUGAACGUCUCUAUAUUGAAGGCUAUGGACAAAACCAAAAAGGAUUACCAGGAGGCCACACACCUGCAGCAGUUUGUGACUCGGUUUCUGCUGAAGGAGACAACGAGCCAGCUGCAGUCUCUUCAGAGCUCGCUGGAGUGUGCCAUGGAGACCACAGCUGAGCAGACACGGCAGGAAAGGCAGGCACCCAUGAAGCCUGAGGUGCUGUCGAUUCAAUGGUCAGGAAGGCGAUCCAAUCGAAGACUCCAACGGAAUAACAGCUUGUCUCCAAACAACCCACUUCUUAGCCUCGUCAAUUCAGGUAUGUAUGAGGAGGACAGUCAGUGGAUGACCCAGAUAAACAGACUACAGAAGCUGAUCGAUCGCCUUGAGAAGAAGGAGCUGCGUCUGGAGCCGGUAGAAGAAGAGGUCUCAGAAGGCUCCACGAAAUCGCACAUUCUGAUAGUGCAGAGGCAGUUGUCUGUGAUGGAGGACGAGCUGGAGGAGUUCCGUUUGGCUCUGCGGCAGUACGUUGAUUGUGCCAGUGUCCAGACAGGCAGCCUCCAUGUUGCAGUUCAGCGGAUUGCUAAUGAGUCUCGCUUCAUAGUCUAUGAGUUCUGGGAGCACACUAGUUUGUGGAAGAAUCAUCUGCAGACAAACUACAGCAAAACCUUCCAGAGGGCCAACGUGGAUUUCUUGGAGACGCCAGAGAUUACGACAACUAUGCUGGUACCAGCAUCAUGGUGGGUCCUGAACAACAAUUAGAACCGCAAUAAUGAACAACGAUCAAAAGGCAACCGAGUUUGUCAUUACUAUGUCUCUGUCCUCUGAUGGAGCAGUGUUGUGUUAACACUUCCUGUGAAGUUGUGGUGAAAAUCAUCGGAUAUUCAUGCUCCCUCAUCUUUAGCUCUUUCAAAUAUGUACCUUCCUUAAUAUCUAAGGCAAUGGCCUAGUCACCAAUAUCGAUGGUACUCUAUCCACUAUUUUUACAUGCGGAAUACGUUUGUGUGAAAUGUUUGUUUGAUUCGUUACUUACUGCAGUGGCGUAGUCGAGAAGUAAUUUAAGAGGGCAAUGAGGAAAUAUGCUAAAUAAAGUCACUGCAGGUUCUGUACAAUUAAAUUGAUAAGUAUGAUGUGCUCGUGAGUAAUGGGUGGAUGUCGG